CUUCUAUAAAAAGUGGUUCUAGGAGCAAAGGUGUACACUGGUGGAGUUUCCCACAGAGCCCAGGAACCAAGAAUUGCUUUUAUUAGCGCCUCCAGCCUUCUUCGGAUGUCAUGUGCAGCUGCAAGGCGCCUUCUCCCGCACAACUGUUCAGAUUUCCGAAUAGACCCUUACUCUUGCAUUAAACUCCUGGAAGCCUGUACCGUGUCAAAGUCUCUUGGUCAAGGCAAAGCCAUUCACCAAUGCAUCCUUAAGCAUGGCUAUUCUUUCACUAACAACUCCAUCCUUCUGGACAAGCUCACCCGUUUCUAUAUCUCAUGCCGCAGCCUUGAACUUGCUCAGCGGGUUUUUAAUUCAAUUCCAUGCCCCGACAGGAGAAUUAAAUCCGUUUUAUGGAACCAAAUGAUUAGAGCAUAUGCUUGGGAUGGGCCCUUUGAGAAAGCCAUUGAUAUGUACUACGAAAUGAAGAAUUACGGGGUCAGGCCAACUAAAUACACUUACACUUUUGUUUUGAAGGCUUGCUCUGCCAUUCAAGAUUUGGAGAACGGGAUGAGGGUUCACGAAGAUGUGGAAAGGCUCGGGCUUGGUAAUGAUGUUUAUGUCUGCACUGCUUUGGUUGAUUUUUUCGUGAAGUGUGGGUGUUUGGUGGAUGCAAGAGAGGUGUUUGAUCGAAUGACUGAAAGGGAUGCUGUGGCAUGGAAUGCAUUGAUUGCUGGGUGUUCUUCUCAUGGUUUAUAUGAGGAUGUGGUGGGUUUGGUCAUAGAGAUGCAGAACACUGGGUUGCAUACCAAUUCUUCAACCAUGGUAGCCGUGCUGCCGUCAAUCGGGGAGGCAAACAAGUUGAGAGAAGGGAAGAGUGUUCAUGGACAUUGCUUGCGAAGGGAUUUUGUUGGUUGUUUAGUCCUUGAUACUGGGAUACUGGAUGUUUAUGGGAAAUGUAAGCAGUUGGAUUACGCAUGGAGAAUCUUUAGUGCAAUGAGUUCCAAGAAUGACAUCACCUGGAGUGCUAUGAUUGGGGCAUGCAUAACAUGUGAUUCCCCACUAAUGGGGCUAGAACUGUUUGAGAAGAUGAGGAUGGAACAAAACUUCAACCUUUCCUCUGCCAUGCUUGCAACAGUAAUCCGAGCUUGUGCACAGCUAAUUGACCUGAGGAGAGGGGAACGCAUACAUGGUCAAACCAUUAAGAUGGGAUCUCUUUUGGAUCUAACGGUCAGCAACACACUUCUCUCGUUUUAUGCGAAGUGUGGGAGGAUAGAUGAAGCCAUGCUGUUACUUGAGGAGAUGGGUAUAACUGACUCGGUCUCCUAUAGUGCUUUAAUUUCAGGGUCAGUCCAGAAUGGUAAUGCAGAAGAAGCACUAUAUGUGUUUAAGGAAAUGAGGUGUUCUCAUGUUGAACCAGAUCACUCAACCAUGAUGGGAUUUUUCCCAGCCUGUUCACAGUUAGCUGCUCUGGAACACGGAGUUUGUGGCCAUGGUUACUCCAUCAUCAAAGGAUUUGUAAUGAAUGUAUCAGUCUGUAAUUCUCUGAUUGACAUGUACGCAAAGUGUGGCAGGGUUGAAACAGCUAGGCUUGUUUUUGAUAGGAUGUGUGCAAGAGAUGUGGUCUCUUGGAACACGAUGGUUUCUGGUUAUGGAAUUCAUGGUCGCGGAAGAGAAGCAAUUUCAAUUUUCAAUGAUAUGUUGACUGAAGGCCAAAAACCAGAUGGGAUAACUUUCAUCAGCCUCUUAUAUUCUUGCAGCCACUCAGGUCUUGUCACUGAAGGGAAACACUGGUUUCAUACUAUGUGUCAAGAAUUCAAGAUUGUCCCGCAGAUGGACCAUUAUCUAUGUAUGGUGGAUCUUCUCGGGCGGGCCGAUCUUUUGGAUGAGGCCUACCAUUUAAUCCAAUCAAUGCUGUUUCAGCCAGAUGUCCAAAUAUGGAGUGCCUUGCUUGCUGCUUGUAGAACCCAUAGAAAUAUUGAACUUGCAGAAGAAGUUUCAAAUAAGAUUCGUAGUCUGGGGCCUCAAAGUUCAGGUGAUUUUGUUCUUUUAUCGAAUUUAUAUAGUACUGCUAACAGAUGGGAUGCUGCUGCUAAUAUAAGAAUUGUACAGAAGGGUUUGGGCUUUAAGAAGAGCCCAGGGUGUAGUUGGGUUGAAGUAAACGGGAAUGUCCAUGGAUUCCUUGGUGGUGAUCAAUCUCACCCACAGUUGUUCAAAAUCAAGGAGAAACUAAAGGAACUUUCUUUAGAGAUGAAGAUGUUGGGGUAUCAGUCAGAAUUUGAUUAUGUGUACCAAGAUGUUGAAGUGGAGGAAAAAGAAGAUAUUCUUCUCCAUCACAGUGAGAAGAUGGCUGUAGCCUUUGCCUUGAUUUGUUUUGUUAAUCCUGGAAAGCCCAUUCUUGUUACUAAGAAUUUGCGGGUAUGUGUUGAUUGCCACACUGCACUGAAAUAUAUAUCCAUCAUCACAAAGAGAGAAAUAACAGUGAGAGAUGCAAGCCGGUUUCAUCAUUUCAGAGAUGGAGAUUGCAGCUGUGAUGACUUCUGGUGAAACGAAUAACGUGGGAGUGAUUGUUAGGAUCCUGGAAACAGAUUCCUAACAGUGAUGUUUAAGAAAUUUCUGGCACGAAG